AUGCCCAAAGCAUAUUUCGACCGUGACCCUAUAACUCUACAAGAGGGAAGCCAUGUCGGUGCUCAGAUCGGUGGGAAAAUGAUUGAACCCGAUGAAAUGGAACUUGUUACUGGAGAAGUUGAACGGCUCAUCAUUUAUAAAACUCCAAAUUCCACUGUUGAGCUCAAGUGCACGCAGGAUGUUCGUUUCUUGCCUGGGGAACAGGUUAUCUUACAGCAGCUAGAUCCUGUUAGCUACGCUGCUAUAGGCAUGAAAAGCGGAAAGGAAGUUGAGUUUAAAGAGUGA